AACUCACCCAACCCCUGCACUGCACCCCAACUCAGCUCUCACAGGAAAGCCAAUGCCCAACCAAAGCUCAUCCUGGAGAAGAAAAAAGAUCCAGGUUAGACUCAGUAAGCGCUUUCCCCGAGGCCAGGUCAGAGGGGAGGGGCAGAAAUAGAGAUGGGAGCAUUAGAGGAUGUAAUGUGUCUGAGUGAGAUACCCCUCUUUACUUUUUCUGUUCAAGUCUGAUACAUGGCAGUGCCUUCGAUAUUCUGAAGUUGUCUAGCCAGUGUGGCUCUGCCAGACUGAGCUGUACAGAGCUGCUCGUCCUGGAUUCGGGAGUUCUUAUAGGCUUGGCGUGUACUGUGGAUUUAUGAGACAGUUUGCUGGAUGAGGGGCAGAUAUUGCAACACAAGGGAACUUAAUGCCCUUGGGAAAGCCUCAUCAUUGGCCAAAGUCCAGGAACAGAGCCCAGAGCAGACUAGAAGAACAGACUGGACUGGCCAAAGUGAGAAUUUGGAGCUUGUAAACUAGCGAUGGACAGCUGGACUCUCCAGGGGGACAGCUACUCCUUCCUGCGCAGUGCGCCCCGCAACUUUUCUCUGUGCCAUCGUGACGGCACCCCCAACCACGUUGAAAUAUUCGAUAUCAUCAACGUUCCUAGUCAGCGCAGUGUCAUCUCUGAGACCACCUGCCUGUGUGACAUUUUUGGGGACGACUGUGAGUCACCCUCCCACUCAAGCAGCCCUGCUGUAGGGGCCUUUGUCCCUUCCCAGAGGGGGGUGGACGGGACAGCUGCUGCAUCACCCCUGGUGGAUGAUCUGAACGAGUCAUCAGGCUCUUACCACAGCGCCCAGGGCUCCAGUGAAGGAGAGGAGGGUUUUGAAGACACAACAGAAAGGCUUUACAGCCCCACGUUGCAGAGCGAGUCUUCAGAGAGGAGGCAGUCAGAGGGUGAGGGACUGAGCUCAGGGCAUCCAGAACUUUCUAAGGAUAGUAGCCCAAAUUUAGAAUCAAAAAACAAAUCACCAGUACCUCAGCUUAGUGCAGCUAGCCCAUCAUCUGAAGUCCUCAACGCUGAUCGUAGUGAAAGGACACCCUCUCCUGGACAUAACAACUCCUCUACCCUCAGUCCAGAGGGGAGAGUGUCAUCCUUGUCUUCAUCCCCAGUUGAAACAAGACGUUCGCCCUCAUCACCUGGUCUAAGACAAGCUUGUUCGGAAGCUGAACCAAGGAGAAUCACUCCUACAAUCAAAGACAGACAUAGAAGCCCCUCACAUUUAACUCAAAGUCCUUCCCCUGAGCCUAGAAACUGUGCCAGCUCAUCUUCCUCUGAAUCAGUGAACACCCAGUCUUUACCUGAGUCCAGAGGAGCACAAGUCUCACCCGUGCCAACUAUCAGCAACUUUAAUCAAACCUACAGUCCCUCACCUGGGCCCACAUCUAAAGAUCUUUCUCUAGAUUCGAUAUCACCAACCUUUGAAUCUAGAGCCAACCUUUCAUCUCAUUUGCUUUCACCCAGUUGUACAGAGUUAUCAUCCCAGUCAAGAGAAACAUUGGUCUCUCCUGAGCUGAACAACAGGUCCUCCUCCCCUGAUACUCAAGCGUCAUCUCCUUUCCCUGAGCUGAGAGGAAGGGUCUCCUUGCCUGAUCUUUUCAGCAGAGGCUCCACGCCUGAUAUAGAAGAUUCCCCCCACACACCUGAGUUGAUUUCAGAUCCUGACACAGCUGGAGGAGAUACCACAACCACCUCUGAGAAUCAAGACACAGGAUUACCAGCUGAACCUAGCAGUACUGCUUCAACACCUGCCCCUCGAUACACACCUCCUUCACCUGUGAUUUCAUUAGUUCCAUCUCCUGAGUUUAGGGAGGGUAGCGUCUCUCCUGAAUUUAAACAUACAGCUGCUUCACCUGGCCUGCUAAGUGCUACCUCUCCCUCUCCUGGCCCCUUGCCUAAAGUAAGACACAUUUCAACGCCCUCUGAAACCAGUACCCAGGUGUCUUCUCCUGUGGUGAGCUGUACUUCAUCUCCAUCACCUGAAAUUAGGAGCAACUGUUCUCCCAUAGAGCACAGACAUACUGCUCCCUCACCUGAAAUCAGGAUUACAGCAUCCUCACCUGAGGUCAGCAGGAGAGAGCUGGUUUCUGAAGUGGAGCCAAUACCAGACUCUCCUCUCCUAAAUCCUCACAUUGAAUCUGCCUCAUCAAGAAGCCUCACUUCGUCCCCUCAUAUCACAGGGAUUUCUUACUCUGUUGUUCAGCCCGAGGACCGGGACACUCCCCCAUUCCCUGAGCUCCAUUGUCCCUCCACCCCUGAGCCUGAUAGGACACGUGUGUCCCCUCAAGCAAGGAGCCCUACCCCAAGCAGAGACAGUGUGCAGAGCAGUAUAGCAGAGUCCACGGGCACACCACGAGGCUCGCCUCAUAUAUCAGGCUUCACAAGCCCUGUCCUACAGCCUGCAAUAACUCUGUUGCAUCAACCAAGGUACCAAACACCUUCACCUCAGCCAGAGCAUCACACUCCCUCACCUGAGCCAAGAUAUCAGACCCCUUCAUCUGACAAGUAUCAGAGUCCCUCACCACAGAAGCACAGAAGUAGAGAUCCAUCAUCUGUUGCCCCAUCUCCAGAGCAGAGGUAUAAUCAGCAUUCACCACCAACCCUUUCCACAGAGUAUAACCCUCAGUAUUCACAGCCUACUCCUCCUCCCUGUAAUACACCUGAGAUUAAGGGGGUUUCCUCUUCACUUGACAUUACAGAAAUACAGUUCCCCACACAGUUGGCAAAAGACAUUGAGUCACCCUCAUUUGAGUUAGAAAGGGGAGACGAAUCAGUUGUAGCUGAAAUCAAAAGCAGUUCACCCGUAGAGGCAGUUCAUUCACCUGUAACCACUUCACCUGUUUUAGCUGAGGAAAAAGUGGACAGCUCACUGAAACAACAAAACACAGAGAGAGAAGUAACACCAAAGGAAGUAAGCCUUCAGCAUAGUUCAAGUUUAGCUUUGUUGUCUGAGGAAAAACAAGAUACUGACAGCACCUUUUUUCAGAUACAAGACCCUUAUAAUAAUCCCUGUAUUGAAAACAAGUCUCCCUCCCCCAAUCUCCUACUCUCUAGUAAGGAAAGGGGUCCACAGAUUUCUCCUGUCCACAAGGCUACAUCCAACUCAUCUGUGCAGAGAUUGGAAAACCAACAGCCUCAAUUGACAACUUAUUCAGUAACUUCUGAAAGCAGCAGCUCAUUGAAAUCAACCUGUACAUCUGAGCACUCAAGAAAACAGCUGUCAACCAAACUUGGACGUGAAAACAGAGAGAGGUUUACAGAGGACAUGGCCCACCAUGUAAACAGGAGGAGAACUCCCUCUCCCCCACUUACCAGGUUUACACCUGUACACAUAAUCGCCCCUGAAAAGCCAUACAGACAGUGGCAGAACAGAGGUCGUAGCCCCCCUCAGGUUGUAGCAUCCUCACAGAGUGGUAAUUUAAAGAGAGUGGUGACAAAUAGGGAAAGCCCCGAUGUCGCCCCUGUUGACAAUAAUAGCCUGGCCCCCUGGGGCAGGCUAGGAAGGCAACUGGAGAUGGAAAGGGAAAUGCAGCUGGAGGAGGAGAGAAAAAUAGGUAGAGAGAGGCAAAGGGAUGGGGAGAUGGAGAGAGAGAAAAAGAGGGAGGAGCGGGUGCCUGAAAAGGGGGAGGGUUGGCAAGGGGACGUCAGUUACAGAGGGAAACAGGUUGAGCUGUCAUUCAAUGCCAGGAAUAGAAAAGGGUCUGCGAGUCGCAGUACAGCUCCCACAAGCAGAGAGAACCGUCAGGGACUGCCAGCAGUGCAUUCCUAUUCAGAGAGCUUGCUUGCCAACAGACCGCUACAGCAACAACAGAGUCUGCUUAGACUUGCUUCCCAGCAAGACACCAAGGGUGGUGGUCCUAGCAGGCGGCCUCAACUUCCUGCACUGCAGAACAAGAACAGUGCUCGUGUGAUCGCAAACAGGCCCUGCCAAAGUUCGAGCUCCAGCAUGGGAAGUGAGUUUGAUGAGGCAGACAAUGAGGUGAAGUGGUUUACAGACUUGGCUUUCAGUAGCCUGUCAAGCCCUGAGGUAGAUUACCUUGACAUGUACAACUCCAGCCACCGGUCGUCUACCAACAUCUCUCAGCCAUCUACUCAGGAGAGCCCAGCUGGGGUCAACGCUGCCUGGCUGGCUUAUGCUGACUUAAGGGGUUCUGCUCCAAAGUCGGACAAUGAUGACCUCCCAUCGGCACACUAUUCGGAUGGCCUAGAUCCAUCGCGGCGCUAUGAGAUGGGCAGCUUUGAAUGCGUUGAUGUGGCUGUGGAAAGAGAGGACUCCAGGAAGGUGAGAAGAGGAGUGCCAAAGAGACAGAUCCAGCUGAAGAGGAAGAAUAAUGCUGAAGGGAAACAGGAUGAAAGCAGUGACAAUAGCAGUCCUGGGGUUCCUAUGAUGGCGGAUAGCCCCUCUCUAGAAAGUCACUCCAGAGAGACAUUGCUGAGACAACAUAGCACACCAGCAGCAAUGCAAGAAUGCUACCUUUCUGAGCACAGCCUAGAGCCCGAUCAAGAAAACGAAAGAAAAUUUCAAAAAUCUGCUUCUCUGGAUGAAACAUUUACUAAGACCAAGAUGGCCACUUGCCUCAUCAAGAGUGUAUUGUCUAAGAAGAUGCAAAGUGUUGAUAAACACCCUGACGAACAGGUGGGAGAAGAAGUGAGCCCCACUUUUGAGGAAAACAGCCCACCAAUAGAGAGUACAGUGGCACCACUUAAAGAGUCUCCAAAACCUGAUGCACAUAACCUGAGUUCAUCUCUUUACUCAGAUUGUAGUCUUUCAUCUGAAUGUCUUGCUAUGAGAGGAGAACAAAGCCCAAAGGAUGAAGCUAGACCAACUCCAAAAAGCUUUGGAGUGAAAUCCAGUAACAGGCCAAGUUCAAGCAGCAGCAGCAGAAGUGUUAAUUUUUCACAGACUGACAGUGAAGAGGCUGAUGCUCAAGGCAGGAAUGCAACCUUGUUAAAAUCUGAAAUGAGAUCAGAACUGAAAGUGCCAUUUGAUAAUAAACAGUCCAGAACUAGAGUUCAACGUGCAGAUGACAGUAAAACAUGGGAGGAAAGGGAGGGUGGUGACUCAGCAAAUACCACUGCCGGGAACAUAGGAGCUCCUUCUGGCACUGGAGUCAGUAGCACGCACGUCAGAAAGCACAGAGACCAGGAAUGUGAAAACACAGAGGACCAUAAACAACUGCAACAGGGUGACGAGAGCCCCUACAUGUCAAAAACACAGGAGAUUACACUCAAAGCUGUGGAGAAAAAGAAAGCUUCCCUCAAUGUCUCUCUUACACCUGAGGCAGAAAACAAACUUGAAGCUCCUUCACCAGAUAUGUCUUUCAGAGAAAAGGAGGAAAGGGUAGAGACCAAUGUGGAUCCGAAAACAGAGGAAGAAGAUGGGAAUGGAAAUAGUAAAGCUAAGGUCCCCAUACACAAAGUUAGAGAUGUCAGGCGGCUUGUAAAAAAUACUUAUAAUCUGUCAUUCAAGGCAACCAGUGUUGUAAUGCCAUCUGCUGUAAGUGAAGAAAGGGUUGAAAAUGUAAAUGAGGAAAGGAAGGAAGAAAUAAAAGAGGAAAGGAGGGAAGAGGUCAUAAAGGAUGAGGAAAGGGAUAUGAGGCAAGAGGUAAGGAGGGAGGAGAGGCUGGAGGAAAGGAAAGAGGAGUUCAUGCAGGGGAGGAAAGAGGAACAGAAAGUGGAGACGAAAGAUGAAAAGCCACUAACCUCAUCUCUGCCUCUGCAGAGCAAAGGAAAGUCUCUGUCUUGUCCAAUGCAAAUAGAAUACAAGGCAGUUUGCUGGAAAGAAGACAAAAGUAAAGUGAUACCUGUAAGUGAUAGCAAUAAAGAUUCAGAGAACGUACGUGACAAACCACAAGCUUCUCCAAAGCUUGUCACGGAGGCAAGCAGAGAACAAGAGAAUUCCUCAACUGCAAAGACACAGAACAACACAACACGGGAUGCAGCAAUUGCCAAGCCCUGUCAACACAAUUUAAAUGUGGAGGGAAAAACACAAGAGACUAAAACAGAAACAUAUAAAGUGCCAGACAGUGAGGACAAACCUUUGGUGGUUAGAACCGACAGAAAACCUCCCAUGCUUGGAAGCCUCCCCAAACUGCCCAGUAAGGAAAGAGAGGUGUCAACCGCUGUAGUGUUGAUAAGGGAUGCAUCCAGCAAGUCUAAGACAUCUGUAUCUCCAGCCCAGGAAGAACCCAACCCACCACAGGCCCCAGCUGCUUCACCUUCACCUGGGCCCACGACCCCUGGCAGCACCCCUGGCAGCAGUGGCCACUCAGUUUCCAUGUUGUUAAAGGAGAAAGGCUACCAAGCUGACAUUGGAGCAGUGGUGGGUGAUGGCCAGAAUGCAGUUGGAGGGAAAGGGGCUCCACGUAAACAUGUAAACUGCCUGGAGAUCCCCCUUCAGACCACCACGGCCUCAGAUGGAGGUUGGAUCGAGUCUCAUAGAGAAAGAACAUUCUCCUCCUCAUCCACCAUGUCUGGCCGCUCAGCAGUGUCCGACAACACAGAUACCCUCACAAAGACCAGAGAAGAAGAGGUAGUUAGUAUAAAACCUACAGUGAAGGACACAGCAAAGCAAAAAAGUGCUUCUCCACAAAGGACUACGCAGGACCAAGCACCACUUCCCACCAAACAGAAGGAACAAGGAGAUUUUGAAGCAGUGAAAAGGCUGGAUCCAACUUUCCCUCCAAGAUCCCCUGCAGUAAGGAGAUUCAGACCUCAGCCAAUUGAGGUUAAGUCCUUAUCUAAAGAGACACAGAAACAAGAGAUGCCAACAAACAACAUCGGAAACAACAGGCCACAAACCAUUGAAGUAAAAUCUAUAGCUAAGAAUUCGCAAAAGCCAGUUGUGCCUCCAAAACCAAGCUGCAAAUUCAAACCUUCAGAUUUAGGAGGAAUGCCAAAUGAAGCACAGCGACCAACGGUGACAACAUCGACUGCAAAACCUCAAGGUGAGGAGAGGUCUCAGACAAUUGUAGUGUCCUCACCAACAAUCUAUAGAAAGAUCUCCAAUGAGCACACAUCAACAUCAAACUAUACAAGAAAACUAGCCGUGUCUGCUGUAUCCAGCCUCAAACCUCCACCAAGCAAAACAACAGCAACCACCAUCUCUAGUCUUUCAAACCAGUCAACCGCACCACCUGACACAGAGGCAUCUAGUGACAGAGGUCAGCAGCCACAGCCAGGGGCCUCGCCUCAGAGCUCUAGAUAUACACAAAGACCUACAACUUUAGCCACAGCUCCAACAUCAGCCACUGGCCCAGGUUUAACCUCAGCUCCAGCUCCAGUUUCUGACCCGCCAGCAAACCAGGUCCCUGCACCUGCCUCUGCGGGAACCAGACAGGCAAGCCAGUCAGCUGUUGUCGAUCCAAACAGCCAACCACAGUAUCCCAGGACAGCAUACCCUCAUGAACAAGCUAUGCCGGUAACAUCAAACUGUCCAAAACAACCUGCUCCUGUAUCCAUAACACAAGCGCCAGGAUACACACACCAGCCAUACCGCAGAUCACUGUCCAGUGAGCGCUCCCAAAGAACAGAUGACCUGCGUUUUUAUGCCUCAGAUGACCCACCAAGCUACGAUGAAAGAGAAAGCUUUAGUCCUCUCCUGCUGCCAGAUUUGAACCCCAGGAGAUCAAAUCGCUAUCAACCCUCCUCCCGACCUCCUCCUUGUUCUUGCACAACUGGCUGCCCCUCCCACCCUGGUCUCCCCCCUCCUCACCAUCACCGCAGCCCCCACAACCUCACCCCUCCAGCCCCUCCACACUCCCCCGGCCAGGCGCUACCUUACCCCGUCACCCAGCCUGCUCUCCGUGCCCACCAGUGCAGACCUGAUCCUCAGCCAAUGAGCUUCCAGCCCAGCUCUCCUAAGUCAAGUCCUCUUAGUUCAAGCCAGCCACCAGCCAUGUACCAGUCUCUCCACCAGCCUCCUCCCUGCCCUCCCCACCCUUCACUCAUGCAGUCGUGCACUGCUGACCGCCCCAUGCAGCCACCCCAGCAUAUUGACCCCCGGCGGCCCCCUGUCCACAGAUCCCCUCAGCAGCAGCCACCAGGCAUGCCUGGGGCUCCCUAUAGUGAUCCUGGCCACAACCACUCUCCUGGCCUUCCUUCUAUGGAUCCCCAGUACCUGUGUGGCCCUCAAACCCUGGGGUCAUCCUAUGGCUCUGAGUAUGGGGGUGACACCUCCAGUUUGUACUCAGAGAGCGGCUAUGGACAGACACCACGCAGAGUGCUCCUGGAUCCUGAGACAGGGAAGUAUUUUUAUAUAGAGGUGCCUAUGCAGCCACUGAGGAAAAUGUUGUUUGACCCAGAGACCGGCCAAUAUGUGGAAGUGCUCAUCCCCCAGCAAGCAAUGUCUCACUCAGGUCUGUAUCCUCCUUCAGCAGCCCCCUACCCAUCUCUCCACAACCCCAAUAUGUAUGCCCCUGGUCCACAGUACAUGCCCUAUGCAGCUCCUCCUCCCACAGCCCACCCCCAGACUCAACCCCAACCACCCAGAUACCCUGAGGCCUCUGCUGCAGCAACAAUGCACCCAAAUGGGCCCGGCGUCAACUACAGGAAUUCCUCUGGUCAGGGAUCCAAGCCAGAGCCCCAGAAUCAUCCACCACUGGACCAGAGCUACCUAGAGAGUAUGUAUUAUGUUCCUACAGGGAUGAAUGCGAGCCCCAAUCCCACCCCACCAGACUAUUACCACAAACAUCCCCCUAACCUACCCCCAACUGGGGGGAAAAGGUCCUGAAAUAGAGGAUAGAGGCCGCCCUCCUGGAGCCUGUUAGGUUUUAAAUACACAGUGUAUAAAGGGGAUGUCUAAUGUUAGCCUGUAAUGUUAUUUGAGUUUUCACAUUGCAACUAAAGGCAGCAAUUCUUUGGUUGUUGUUUAUUUGCUGCUGCUUGUUGUCCGCUGAGCUGCUUUGAUAGAAUAAGAAAUAUAAUUCUUGAGUUAAAGAUACAAGAGUAAGACUUUUCUAUGAGGUGUUCUUAAGAAUAAUACCUAAAGCUAAAAUAAUCCAUUGAAAUGGUUUUCAUUUUUGAUACAGGGUAGGAACAUCAUACUGUAACUUCACAAUUAAUGCACAAGCACUAUAAAUCAAUAAGUUUACUGAUUUACUGAUGUGUGUAUUUUAACAACAAAUAUCUAAAAAACUUGAAAAUGCUGUUUUAAAAGAACCUCAUAUUUAUUAUUGUAUUAUUGUAUUUCUCUAAUAUUGGAUGAGUGAGUUUGUGCACAUGAUGUCUGCAACAACAAUGCUAAUAAAAUAUU